AUGGAGGACGGGGAAACGGAGAGGAGGGCUUGGGGGUUCUAUUCCCCUACCAAUCUCGAGCAGAGGCGGCCCGUGGAGGCGUGCCCGCGGUGGGCGGCGGAGGUCGCCGGAGAUGGUGGUGGUGGCGGCGCUGUGGGUGUGGGGAUGGGAGGGCUGGAGGUGGCGGGGCUGCCGAACUGCACGACCACGUGCGGCGACGUGCUGGUGCCGUACCCCUUCGGCCUGGGCCCGCCGCGCUGCUCCUGGCCGGGCUUCAACCUCACCUGCGCCGACGACACCGCCAGCCGCCCCGGCGCGCCGCCGCGGCUGCUCCUCGGCGACGGCACCCUCGAGGUCGUGGACGUCUCCCUCCGGAACACCGCCGUCCGCGUGGUUCGCCGCGGCGCCGUCGCCAACGUCACCUCCGGCCGGAACCUCGUCCUCUCCGGCUGCAACGUGGUGGCGGUGCUGGUCGGGGACCUCGACGAGUACUCCAACAUCAUCAGCGGCUGCGCCUCCUUGUGCUCCUCCGACGACGGCACCAGCAAGGGCGACAUCAGGCAGCCGGCCGGCAAGUUCUGCUCCGGCCUGGGCUGCUGCCAGGCGCCCGUCACCAUGAACUACAGCAGGCCCGAGGGCGUGCAGGUCAGCUGGCUCCGGGGCGGCGACGACCGCCGGCAGGACCUCCUCCGGCUGGAGCCCUUCGUGCUCGUCGCCGAGAAGGGGUGGUUCGACCAGAGCCCGGUGGCCGACCAGCUGGUGGGGCCCCCAGGCGGGAGCCAGAGGCCGGACGCCGCCGCGAUUGAGGUCCCCCUCGUCCUGCAGUGGACGGUCACCAACGUAGCCCCGCCCGACGACAGGUACCCCGGGCCGGCGUGCUCGCCGGCGGUGGCCCAGAGGCUCUGCAGGAGCGCCAACAGCGAGUGCACGACCAACGGCAACGGCGACUACUCGUGCCAGUGCCGAGAGGGCUACGACGGCAACCCUUACCUCGACGGCGGAUGCCAAG